AUGGAGUGGUCCUGGAAGUUGGGCCAGGUUCCGGAAAUCAGUUUUCGCGAUUCGACAAAACAUGACAUCUAUGUUCCGAUAAACGCUGCUCUCGAGGACAAGAACAUCCUAGAAGAGUGGAAUAUUGGUGAUGAGAGUAUCGACUCUGUUGUAUGCAUGCAAGCAUUAUGCUCAGUCUCAGAUCCAACCGCGGCCGCGAAGCAGAUAUAUCGCUUGUUGAAGCCGGGCGGCCAGCUCUUAUUUUGGGAGCAUACAGCUAGUCAAGAUUGGGUGACAAGACAGGUGCAAGGAAUUUGGAAUUUGUUUUGGAAGCCAUUGAUCGGCAAUUGUCAUCUUCGUCGGAAUAUUGAACAAGCCGUAAUGGAAGGGGGAGACUGGAAGAUUAUAGAGCUUGGCCAUGAUAAUAUUGAGCCGUGGCAAAUGAUGCCGAGAGUUUGGGGACAUUUCGUCAAGGGUUAA